CCAAAUGUUGCGCAACAUCGCUCGACUCGAGCGCGCGCAUUGGCUUUGUUGCAAAAAUGAAUCUAUAUACAUAUACACGAGAGAUCUCACGAAUACUAAAAUAAAAUAAGUAUUUCAGUAUUGCUGACAGCAGUUCGUACACCAAGCUCCUGUGAUUUUUAUUCUCGUAACACAUAUGUGCUAAACAUAGCAGACGUGAGAUCUGAAAAAUUGUUAUCUAAUAAACGUUGUUAUACUUCUCGAAAAAAAAGUAUAAUUAAAAUCUACUGGCAGUAACGGAUCGAGUGAAAUUUUUUCGUAACGUAGCAGCAGAAACGUCUUUAAGUGGAGCCGAUAAGAGCAGGGUCACGGUGAUAAUUGAGACUAUUCGUACGGUUUAAUUCUAACAGAGUGCAUCGAGUUUGCCGACAGACCGUGCAGAAGCGAUCACAGCGAUGGCCUGGCUGAAAAUCUUAUCGUGUUACAUUCUGUGCACCGCAAUAGUUGUCACUGCACAGUACACGAGCGAUUCCGAGUACAACGAUUUUGAUUUCUAUGAAGAUUUGUCAACGGACCGCUCGAGAAGUUUUAAGAAAGAAUACAGCGUCACGCAGGAUGAUUUUUACGUCGCGAACGAUUUCGACGACACAGAAAAUCAAGACGGCGCGUAUCCUGGCUCGAACUUGGCUGCUUUCGGACACAACGUCGACUCUCUUAAGAAGAGUCCCUUCGACAAGCAGUUUGAUUGGUACAAAUUGUCCGAGAGAGUUUACAGAUACACCAAGCACCGAAUUCCCGGGUACGACUACGACGAGUUCGAUUACGUGCGUUACAGGAAUGUUCAGAAGUGCGACGACAGAUCGAUCUGGACGCAUUGUCUCUGCCAAUUCACGUGCUCGAGGCCGGACAUAGUGGACUGUUACACGCCGUGCAGAAGCGGAUGCGAGUGCAAGGAGGAGUACGUUUUUGACGAGAGAACGCAGAGAUGCUUGUUACCCGAGGAAUGCUCGACGGAAGACUACAAUUACUAACAAUAGGCUUUAUAUCGACGUAUAUUUGCGCUCUCAACAUACAUUGAGUCACUCUUCCUCGCAAUCGCGGCAAGUAAAAUCGACUGUUGCGACAGCCGACAAUUUCCCGAAA